AUGGGGGACUCGGGCAUCGACGCGGCGUGCCUCGACACGGAGGUCGCCGUCCCCAUGCCCUUCCGGUGCCCCAUAUCCCUCGACCUCAUGAAGGACCCGGUCACGCUGCCCACCGGGAUCACGUACGACCGCUGCAGCAUCGAGAGGUGGAUCGAGGCCGGCAAUGCCAGCUGCCCCGUCACGAAGCAGCCGCUCGGGGUCGGCGGCGGGCUCUACCUCAUCCCCAACCACGCGUUGAGGAAGAUGAUCCAGAGCUGGUGCGUCGAGAACCGCUCCCUCGGGGUGGAGAGGAUCCCCACGCCGAGGAUCCCCGUGUCGCCGUACGAGGUGUCGGAGGCUUGCAAGAGGGUCGCCGCCGCCGCCAACCGCGGCGACGCGAGGAGGUGCGGCGAACUGGUGGGGAAGAUCAAGUCGUGGGUCAAGGAGAGCGAGCGGAACAAGCGGUGCGUGACGGAGGGCGGCGCCGGCGAUGCGCUGUCGGCGGCGCUCGAGACGUUCGGGAGCGCCUCGGCGGAGGGACAGCACGGCGGGCUGCUCGAGGAGAUCGUGUCGGCAUUGGCGCACGUGAGGCCGGCCAGCGAGGAAGGUCUCGCCAGGCUAGGAUCGGCGACGUCCUUACAUUGCAUCCUAGGAUUCUUGAACUCCGACGACCUGUCCUCGAGGCAAAACGCGGUCCUGGUGCUAAAAGAAGCCAUCUCGUCGGAUCGGAUCUGGCACAGGGCACUAGUCGAUGGCAUUGAAGAGGCAAUGGUGAGGAUGAUCAGAGAGCCAAUUGGCCCAACCGCAACAAAUGCUUCUCUAUUGACCCUGUUCAACAUGAUCUCUCAGUCUCCAAACAGUGACAAGACAACGUCCAAGUUACUGCAACUGGGUCUUGUCCCUCUGCUGAUAGACCUUCUUCUGGACUCAUCAGACAAAGGCGUGUGCGAGAGGGUCUUGGGAGUUCUUGACCUCCUCUGUGAGAGCAGAGAAGGGAGGGAGGAGGCCUUUGGCCAUGCCUUGACCAUGCCUAUCUUGGUCAAGAAGAUCCUGAGGGUGUCCAAUUUGGCGACGGACUUCGCGGUUGCCAUCCUGUGGAAGCUGUGCAAGAACGAAGAGGGUGAUGACAGGAGAGCCCUGAUAGAGGCGAUCCAGGCGGGUGGGUUUCAGAAGAUGUUGGUGCUGUUACAGGUGGGCUGUGGGGACGGCACGAAGGUGAACGUGAGAGAGCUGUUGAAGCUGAUGCAUCUGCACAAGGACCGGGUGGAUUGUGUGGACUCUUCUCUGGAUUUGAAGUAUCUGAAAAGGCCAUAG